GCUCGACUCCCGUGUAUGGCAUAAACUGUUAUUCCUACGAUGAGCUGCAGUUUGCCGAGACGCGACCGCAGAAUUGUGGUCGGUAUGACUGCAAAAAAGUCGCUUGUGUACGGCCGCCCUAAGGGCUUAACCGCGGUUAAAACCGAUAGACCGCUUGGAAUCGGUUAUUUUUAAUUUAAUUGGUUUUGUAAUUCCUUCCCAUAAAAAGGAUCAUUUAUCGCUUGAUUAAAAAGUGCAUUGUUUAUACCAUACACUGCCAUAAAAUGCCAAACAAUGCCUUGCCAAAGAUUACAAACUAAUUAAAAAGUAACCUGCAAAAAGUGAAAAUUUUAAAGAUACUCCCAAAGUUUUCCAAUGAAUAAUAUAUCUAAAAACAACUUAGAUGACUGUCCUGCACCAAAAAAAAAUGACCAGCGACAACGAAAUAGACGAGAUCGACCGUUUACCAUCCAAUGACAGGGCAACAAAUUGGGAUAUUGCUGGUUUUGUAAUUUCAAUAAUAAGUCAUGUAGUUGAUGUCUUCUUUGACUGUAACUUGGCCUACAGGUACUAUUUGCAUGGCUCUGUAGAGUAUUUUCUUGCCACUGUAGCUUUUAUUUUGAUCCCUGCUUUAAUUAACACAGCAUUCAGUGUGAGAAUGUAUGUUUUGGAUCGAGACAAUAAUCAACAGAGCAAAACAUUGACAAAAAAGUUUACAAAGAGGCGAAUCUUAUUUGUGCUUGUAUUAAUAUUUCAACUAGCCCCAGUAUUAAGGUAUUUUGAUGCCUUGCAAUAUGCAAUAAAGUCUAAAAAAGCAGAGAAGAAGGGUGACUCUGAAAAUCAAAGGAAGUUUUAUGAGCUUAUGGUCAAAGAAGACUCAGAUGUAGCUCUUUUAAGAGUCUUGGAAUGUUUUUUAGAAGCUGCACCUCAACAAAUAUUACAAAUUGCUAUUAUAUUUUACAAUCAAGGAAAGGAUAUUCAAGGAACAUUGACCAUUGUUCAUCAGCUUCUGUCUAUAGGCAGUUCAUUCGUUAGCAUGGCGUGGUCAAUGGCUUCAUAUCAAAGAUUAUUAAGAGUUUCUAUGAAAACAAAACAUAAUAUCUCUUGGCCAGCCACUAUUGUACAGUUUAUGUGGCAUUUUUUAGUUACCGUGUCAAGAAUCCUCUGUAUAAGCGUAAUUGCUUCAGAAUACCCAAUACACACCAUAAUGGUGCUAGUUUUUCAUUGGUUUUUUAUGACAAUAUGGCUCAGCGCUACUAGUUCAGAAAAUAACUUCUGUGGUCAUAAUAAGGUCUAUGACUUUAUUUUCUAUUCUAUUUUUGGAGCUGUUUAUAUCUUUACUCAGGUUGUCUUGGUAGAUGGGCCCACGUUCCUAAAAUAUGUUAUAUUUUAUGCAAUCCUCUUUGCAGAAAACACCAUAGCAAAUGUUGUGUGGAUAUGCAACGCCAGUGAGAGUCUAAAGCUUAUGAUCUACUAUAAACCGAUUAUUUGUUUAAAUGUUGUACCAUUUAUAGGAGGGAUCUUCUUUAUGGGGCUGUAUUAUAAAGUAUUUCAUCCAAGCAUGGGUCAAGCAUAUAAUAGGCACAGAGUUGCUGCCUCAAAUAGUUAAAAAAAUUGUAAAUAAGUAUUUAAUUAUUUGUCUCUUUCCUCUCUCUAGUAUUUAUUUAGUUAGUGUAUUGUUUUUUCCCAGUAAGUUGCUCAUUUUUUGUUAUUAUUGUUGUUUUGUUUUAGAAAAUUUUUUUAGUCCUUUUGUAUUAAAGGUUACUGCUUUAGA